AUGGGAAUUUUGGCAUACAUGGAUUACAGGGCGCCCACGUUGACGUUGGAACCACCGAGUCGAUUGACAUUCCUCAAUAGCACAGGAGGAUCUGCUCCUUGUUCGGUUAUAGGAAAUCCCAGACCAACAGUUUAUUGGGUUACGAGUGAUGGAACUCCCGUAACAAAUAUACCAGGUUUAAGAACUUCUCUACCCAAUGGAACUUUAUACUUUCCACCCUUUCCAUCAGAGCGAUAUCGACAAGAUAUCCAUUCUGCCGUUUAUAGAUGUGUCGCCUCGAAUUUGGUUGGAAAAGUUGGUUCCAGAGACGUACACGUUAGAGCAGUGGUACAACAGCAGUAUCAAGUUCAAGUAUACGACGAAUUCGUCAUUCGAGGAAAUACAGCUGUUUUAAGAUGUCAGGUACCGAGUUAUGUUAGAGAUUAUGUAAUUGUAACAACAUGGGAAAGACAAGAUGGAAUAUCAAUUGUAUCCAACAUUGCUACAGGUGGAAGAUACAGCGUGCUAAGUAAUGGAGAACUUCACAUACGUCACACUAUCAUGUCCGAUUUUAAAUCCUAUCGAUGUGCCACCAAGCAUCUUUUGAGUGGAGAAAUACAAAUGAGUAGAACGUCUGGUCGUCUUAUUAUAACAGAUCCCCAAGGUACACAUCCACCUCGUUUAUCAGAUACCAGAGUUAUGGUGCAUGUAAAACAAGGCAGUCCAGCAGAACUGACAUGCGUUGCUCAAGCUUAUCCUUUACCUACUUACAGAUGGUACAAGAAAAUCAAAAGUCGUCUCAUACCGAUCGAGCAAAGAGUAGGAUUAUUAGUUGCAAGUGGAUCACUCUAUUUUCAGCAAACCAAUAUCAGAGAUAGCGGUAUUUAUAUUUGUAUAGUCAAUAAUAGUGCAGGAGAGAAAAGAUUGGAAAGUACACUCACUGUUACAGCACCACUGAAGGCAGAAAUCCAACCGAAAAGAAUUGUAGUGGAUUCAGACAAAUCUGUGACUUUGACAUGCAAUGUUUCGGGGUAUCCUAUAGAAGGCAUUACCUGGCUAAAAGACCAAAAACCUAUCAUGACCAAUGGAGGUAAAGUGAGGCUGGUAUCUCGAGAAGUUCUUAGAAUAAACUCUGUUGGAAGAGAAGAUAAAGGCAUCUAUCAAUGUUACGCCAGAAAUGGAGAAGAUUCUGCACAAGCGGCUACAGAAUUGGCACUCGGAGAAACCAGUCCAGUGUUCCUAGAUACGUUUAUAGAUAAAACCACGCAACCUGGUCCAUCGGUAUCUUUACAAUGCGUGGCCACUGGAACGCCACUUCCUCAAAUAACUUGGACAUUGGAUGGAUAUCCUGUGCCAGAUAACGAUAGAGUACGUGUCGGAGAUUACGUCAGUAGAAGCGGGAACGUUGUAAGUCACGUAAAUAUCAGUAGCGUUAGAGUGGAAGAUGGAGGUCAUUAUGUAUGUACCGCAGCGAAUGAAGUCGGUGAUUUACGGCAUUCUGGUCGUUUGAAUGUAUACGGGCCCCCACAUAUAAGAACCAUGACAGAUAUAUCAGUUGUAGCUGGAGAAAAUAUGGUGGUGCAAUGCAGAGUUGCUGGUUAUCCAAUUGCUCAUAUCACGUGGGAAAAAGAUGGAAGAAGAUUACCGACGAAUAGACGACAACAAGUGUUUCCAAACGGUACACUCUUUGUGGAAGAUGUACAACGAGCCGAAGACGAGGGUUCUUACUCUUGUACGGCUCAAAAUGCAGAAGGAGCCACUGCAGAAGGAGGAAUGAAAAUCCACGUAAAAGAGAAACCACUCAUCUUUCCUUUCACAUUUCCUCCUGAGACUCAGAAAGAAGGAAUGAAAAUUCGAGUUGUUUGUACUGUAUCCUCUGGAGACCCUCCUUUUAGUAUUACUUGGUUAAAAGAUAAUCAGCCUAUAUCCAUGCAAGAAGAUGUUACUGUCAGAAUCCUAGGAGAAGAUUUCAGUUCUCUUACUAUUGAAAAGGCUACGCCGAAACAUAAUGGUCAAUACACUUGUGUGGUUAGAAAUGAAGCUGCGACUGUUAAUUAUACAGCUGCUUUAACUGUUCACGUCCCUGCUAGAUGGAGGAUUCAACCGUCGGAUGCUAGUGUUUUAGUAGGAAGAAGCGUAACACUGGAUUGUCAAGCUGAAGGAUAUCCACAACCCCAAAUUAGAUGGGAAAAAGCGAUUGGUGUGACUGCCAGAGAUUAUCGACCGAUAAGUACUAGUUAUCAUUAUCAGAUAUUUGAAAACGGUUCACUAACAAUACAAGAUGUGGCUCGAGAUGAUGCUGGCUAUUAUCUAUGCCAGGCAACAAAUGGAAUUGGAUCUGAACUGAGUAGUGUGAUUAGUCUAAGUGUCCAUGAAUCGCCGAGAUUUGAAACAAAAUUCCAAACCCAGAUGGUAAAGAAGAAAGAAGAUGUAACUAUGACGUGUUCCGUGACUGGUGAUCCUCCUUUGACCAUUUCUUGGACUAGAGAUAAACAACCUCUUGUUAUUGAAAAUGAUCCCAGAAUUAUAGGAAAAUGUUCAUCUAGAACAGUGAUUCCUAAUGUGGAAGCCAUCUUGAAGUUGGUAGAAGACUCAAUUAGGCUCUGGAGGGAAAGAGGCGAUAGGGAUGUCGAACAGAUUUUGAUUUAUACAAAUCUGAUUUAUCUGAACAGAGGCCAGCCAAUAAUAGAACGGAAAAGGGCAAGAAUUUUAACAAAUGGAUCACUCCAAAUCACAGAUAUUUCGGAUGAAGAUGCUGGAAAUUAUACUUGCAGAGUGCAAAAUGUAUACGGAGCUGACGAAAUUGGUUUUUCGCUAAUGGUUAGAGCUAAUCACAUGGAAGGAAGAGUGCUACCCGCACCCGCUGUGUUGAAUGUAGUCGGUGCCACCACAACAUCCCUGCAAUUAAGAUGGGAACAUAAUUCCAAAUAUCUCUCUACCAAGAUAAAAGGUAAAAUUCUUAUGUUUAUACCUCAAUUUACUUCAUUUUUUUGUUGU